AAUUUUUGUAUAGCCUUUAGAAACCGCUAAGACAGCCAUGGGCUUUCUAACAGUAUUAAAAAAGAUGCGGCAAAAGGAAAAGGAGAUGCGCAUACUGUUGCUAGGACUGGAUAAUGCCGGUAAAACCACUAUACUAAAGCGCUUUAAUGGCGAACCCAUCGACACAAUCUCACCCACCCUGGGGUUCAACAUAAAAACUCUAGAGCACAAUGGAUACACCCUAAACAUGUGGGAUGUGGGCGGUCAAAAAUCUCUGCGAUCAUACUGGCGUAAUUAUUUUGAGUGCACAGAUGGAUUAGUUUGGGUGGUGGACAGUGCGGAUAGGAUGCGUCUGGAGUCUUGUGGUCAAGAACUGCAGAUACUCCUCCAAGAAGAGCGCCUGGCUGGAGCCACACUCCUAGUACUAUGCAAUAAACAGGAUCUUCCCGGGGCCCUCUCCUCUAACGAAAUUAAAGACAUACUGCAUCUGGAGGAUAUCACCACGCACCAUUGGCUAGUGGCAGGAGUAAGCGCAGUAACCGGGGAAAAACUUCUUAGUUCCAUGGACUGGUUGAUUGAUGACAUAGCCAAGCGAAUAUUUACACUUGAUUAAAGCGAUCUUAUAUUAUUUUUCCAUCAA